AUGGCUUCUUCACGUCGGAAGAUCUCCGCCAACGUUGAUAUGGGGAAAGCAUGGGUCAAUCAUGUAUGCGGGCCCGAUGAAGAUAUCAUCCCUCCCAUCGAUCAUGCGAAUGCUGCUUGCGGGUUUCAGCAAGAGUCAUCACCUCGGAUCUGCCAUGACGAGAACAGCAUCAGUCCAUAG